AAAGAACCCACGAUAAAUUAGUAAAGAAAAGACAAAACAGAAUGUCAAAGGAAAAAGUUUUAUCUGAAACGGAAGCUAUUAUUACUAGAUAAAUAAUAAAUUUUUUAUUUAUUAAUUGAUGCUCAGAUGAGCUCGGAUGAAAAAUGUGUUAGAAGAUGAGAAAAUAUACAUACAGUGACAAUGAGUGCAUUAAAGAUUCCAAUAGAUUAUAAAUGUUUAGAAGAAGAACUUCAAGCGGCUCUCGCAGCCGAUGAAUUAUAUAAAUUACAAAAUGAUGCUAAAAUUCGAGCUGUUGAACAAGGAGUACCGACAUAUGAGCAUUUCAGACAGAUGGUGAAUGGUGCUCACUUAAAACCUUUGGAUCGUAAUGAUAUGAAACCUAAGAUUGGAGUGCAAUGGAAUCCCAUGAUUAAUGUUACUGAAUCUCAUAACUCGAUUAUAUCUACUGCAGGAAAAUCGAAAUGCAAUCAAGAAAAUGACAAAAAUAUUACAAAAAAAUCUCCAGAAACGUACGAAGAUUUUGUACAAUCCUGGAGAACAAUUACAAACCACUCUGAAAAAUUUACUUAUAUAUGGAAUCUAAAGAACAAUCUGCAGAAUCAUAUUUUUCGAGUUGAGAUACCUGCAUCUUUUUUCAGUGACUUUAUGGAUGUGUGUUUACAAUAUUUAUCAGACUUAAACGAUGUAACAUCGAUUAUAGAACUCCUCAGUAUUCUAAGCACAUGUAAUAGAUUCGAUCUGACGAUAUGUUUUAUGACAAAAAAUGAACGUUCUAUAUGCGAGCAAAUUUUCCAACAAUUGCAACUCAAAGCAACAUCACAAGACAUAUCGUUGAAAAAUGCAAUUGAGUCAUUAGCCGUAAAAUAUCAGAUUAAGAUUAAUUAAUAUAACAUAAUAAUUCUUUCUAUAAAUAAUAUAAUUAAUAUAAUCAGAGAAAAUAAUAAAUAAAAUAAAUAAUUGAAGACUAUUGUCAGAUAACCUGUCUAAAA